AUGUUGUUGUUUUUAGUCUAGCAAGAAUCCUUAUUAUACAAUUGAAACAACUUUUGUGAUACAAAAAUGAUUUCAAAAUAGUGGGUCUCACUUUUGUCUGCCAACAAUAAUAUAUCCCGUUAUAUACACUUCAUUUGAAUUGCCCUUUUAACUCACAAAUUUGGUUCCAUACCUAGAUUAAUGAAUAAGGGGUCCUAGGUUUUUGUUAAUCAAAAAUUUUAUUUCCGGAUUUCUGUAAGGAAUUCUGUGUAAGAUGGCUGGAAAGAUACCCGGAGUCGAAAGUGCUCGAAGGAGGAGGAUGUUCCCAGGGAGUACAGGGUGGUCUGACUCGUCGUUUGCUAUCAAUUCUGCACUCGGGUCAACAAGGGGCAGGGGAUUUUACGAUACCCAUUUCACCACUACUUCUUUAUCGAAAAGAAGUAUGGUGAACCAAUUAGAUGAAGAUGAGAAGCUAGGUGGUGUUGCUAGAAUAGCCAAACAAAGAUUGGAUGGCAAGCUUAGAAGCCACUACUGGAAGUCACAAUCCAAUAGCAUCCAAAAUAACCAAGAAAGAUCUACUGGUGCUAAUCGUGUAGAAGAAGUUGGGAGAAAGCCGAGUAGUAAUAUAGGGACGGGGGAUAUGCAAACGGAGGGCUAUGGUUUGAAAAAGAGCAGCUCCAAGAGGUUUAGUUGGGGGAAAUUAGGAUUGAAUUGGAAGUCUUCUGAUCAAGAUGAGUGCGCGGUUUGUUUGGACAAAUUUAAGGUGGGUGAUAAGCUAGAGCGUUUGCCUUGUGCACAUCGGUUCCAUUCUGUGUGUUUGUUACCGUGGUUAGAGAGUAAUGCUCACUGCCCUUGCUGUAGAAUGAGUGUUUUGAUGGGUUCCAGUUGAUUUGUUUGCAUGUUUUGUAGUUUAAUUUACAGUAAAUUUUAGUAAUAAUGCUGUAAAUAUAUACUUAUGUAAUGUUUGAUAUGUCAUGUUAAUAUUGCUUAUAAAAUCUAAUGUUAUUUAGCUAAGUUCAAAUAA